GCUAUAUUCACUAAGUUCAAUGUUGUUGUCACGCAUAGUGGACGUUGGCGCCAUUCGUGUUAUACGCUGAGUUUGAACCUGUCCUUUCUACUAGUCCUCUUGCACACGACUGUGUUCACCUGUAAUCAUGAGCGAGCGUCCCGAUCGUCCUGUUUUCAUAGGGAACUUUGAGUAUGACGCGGAGGAGCGCGAGGUCGUGAGGUUGAUGGAGAAAUAUGGUCCUGUGGACAAGAUCGACAUGAAGCAAGGGUUUGCUUUCGUCUACAUGCGCUACAAGGAGGAUGGCGACGAGGCGAUUCGGCGCCUAGAUCGCAUGGAGUGGGGCUACAAGCGGCGGCAGCUUAAAGUGGAGUGGGCGCAGAAGUCGGAAGCGGACAGGAGGCGCGACACGCGCCCUUCCAGGACACUUUUUGUCGUCAACUUUGAUGUACGUCGGACCAGCGAGCGCGACCUGGAACGCUUCUUCUCGCGCUACGGGCGGCUGCUGCGCGUGCAGAUCAAGAAGAACUACAGCUUCAUCCAGUUUGCGGAUGUGGACUCGGCCAUUCGUGCGCAGGAGCGUUGCAACGGUGUGCAGCUGGACGGCCGUACGCUGGCGGUAGAGUUCGUACAGAACGAGGACCCGAACGUGCGGGUGUCCGAAUUUGGUCGCGCCGAUCGAGAUCGUGAUCGCGAUUAUGGCCGCGACCGGGACCGUGACUAUGACCGCGACCGGGACUACCGGGGCCGAGACAGGUCGCGUUCAAGGUCUCGGGACCGCCGCGCACGCUCGCCCGGCCGCAGCUCCCCUCGAUACGACCGCCGGGCGUCACCACCGCCGCUGCGGGGGCGCAGCCGCAGCCGCAGCCCCCUGCCUGAGCGCUGUGAUCGGUCGCCCAGCUACGACCGCUGAGCGAUCCUGGCGUGGACCCGGGCUGUUUGGUGCUUCCAUGAGAUAGGAUGGGGGCAUGUGUGCUGCGAGCGAGGAGGAUGGUGCGUUUGCACUCUACAUUUGGUACAUUUGGUUACUUGUGGCUCUAUGCUGACAUGGUGGUCUGGGGCUUCUCCACGUGGAAACGCACCCGGAGAUUGGAGUUGGCAGCGCUGUUUCAUUAUUGAUUCUGAGCAUCGUGGAUUGUGCCGAGUUCCUUGCCACGACUUUAUCUUGCACCUUGCAUCGCACCCACACGUAGGCUUGCAGGUGCCUGCGUUACUGCAUGCAUGCGUGUCUGGAGAAAUGAUAUCGAGUUGCCACAGUGCACGCUUUUUCAUGACUGCAAAUGUAGCUGCUUGCUACUGAUCUGGUUGCGUUCGGUACACAUGUGUGGCGACAGCAACAUGUGUGGCGGGGGCAGGAGAAUUUGGAGUCGUGUUCAUUAUUGUUGAU